ACAGAACCGCGCCAGGCAUACCAGUCCAGGUGGAGAGCUGAGUUACAUGGGAGAGGUAUGAAUAGAUUGUUAUGGGAGAGCAGAUCUAUCUGCUGGUUGACGAUCUAUCUGCUGGUUGAGAAAGCUUUGUAUGGAGGAAGUGUGAACUGCUGAAUCUUGCAGGACAAGAUACUAUUUGACAUGCAGAGGGGAAGGAGAUCCCCUCACCAUGUGGCUGUACCUGGCGGCCCUCGUGGGCCUGUACUACCUCCUGCGCUGGUAUAGAGAGAGGCAGGUGGUGAGUGACCUCCGAGACAAGUACGUCUUCAUCACGGGCUGUGACUCGGGCUUCGGGAACCUGCUGGCCAGGCAGCUGGACCUGCGAGGCUUGAGGGUGCUGGCCGCGUGUCUGACGGAGAAGGGGGCAGAGCAGCUGAGAGACCAGACAUCAGACAGGCUAGAGACGGUGAUCCUGGAUGUCACCAAGACAGAGAGCAUCUCUGCGGCCACCGAGUGGGUGAAGGAGCGUGUGGGAGACAGAGGACUCUGGGGCCUGGUCAACAACGCAGGCAUUUUUCACCCACUUUGCUGCACUGAGUGGCUGAAGAUAGAGACCUACGUGGAUGUCCUCAAAGUGAACCUCAUUGGUUUGAUGGAGGUGACCUUGAGCAUGCUUCCCUUGGUGAGGAAAGCACAGGGGAGGAUUGUUAAUGUCUCCAGCAUUCUGGGAAGAGUUGCUUUCUUUGGAGGAGUUUACUGUAGCUCCAAGUAUGGUGUAGAAGCCUUUUCGGAUGUUCUGAGGCGUGAGCUUCAACAUUUUAGGGUGAAAAUCAGCAUCGUUGAACCUGGCUACUUCAGAACUGGAAUGACAGAUCUGCUGUGGUCCUUAGGGAGAAUAAAGGAAGCCUGGGAAGAAGUCCCCUCGCAUAUUAAGGAGGCCUAUGGACAGAAGUUUUUUGAUGCCCAUCACAAUGGCGUCAAACAAGGGCUGUUGAGAUGUAGCACAAACCUGAACCUGGUCACUGACUGCAUGGAACACGCUCUGAUAUCUGUGCAUCCCCGUACUCGAUAUUCAGCUGGCUGGGAUUCUCAGUUUUUCUUCAUUCCUCUGUCUUAUUUACCUACGUCACUGGCAGACUACAUAUUGACUAGAUCUUGGCCCAAACCAGCCCAGGCAGUCUAAAGAAAACUGGUUUGAUGGCUCUUGAAAUGAAGAAGACAGUCUGAAAUUGAUCAUUAGUGUCUCAGUAAUCCUUAUUAGGAACUAACAUGUUUAUAGUCUAGAUAUCCAAAGCUUAUUCCUUUAGGUGAUGAAUUUUUGUUACUUUAAGCAUUUUUUGAUGAGGAUAUUUCCAAAAUGCAUCAUUCUUCUUUACCUUAUUAAACAGAGUAGACUGAAAACAA